AUGGAGUUUCCGUAUCUACUCACCACCCUCCUCUUCUUAGCCUCCUACCUCCUCACCACCCGUCUCCGCCGCCAAUCCUCCACCCUCCCACCCACCGUCUUCCCCUCUCUCCCCAUCAUCGGCCACCUCUACCUCCUCAAACCACCAAUCUACCGAACUCUAGCCAAACUCUCCGCCAAACACGGCCCAAUCCUCCGUCUCCAGUUAGGUUACCGCCAUGCCCUCGUCAUCUCCUCCCCUGCUGUUGUCGAAGAAUGUUUGAAUAAGAAUGACAUCAUCUUUGCCAACCGCCCCAAGAUGUUGUAUGGAAAAAUCAUCGGCGUUAAUUACACUAGCCUCGGAUGGUCGCCUUAUGGCGAAAACUGGCGCCACCUCCGCCGCAUUGCCGCCAUAGAGGUCUUGUCGAUACACCGUCUCAACGAGUUCCAUGACAUUCGCGUUGACGAAGCCAGACUUCUGAUCCGUAAACUGCUUUCCAGUUUCAACUCUGGUUCUUCUCAGGUAACAAUGAAGUAUGUGUUUUACGAACUAACGUUGAACGUGAUUAUGAGGAUGAUCUGCGGUAAGAGGUACUUUGGUGGAGAUAAUCCGGAGUUGGAAGAGGAAGGGAAGCGGUUCCGGGAGAUGCUGGAGGAGACGUUUGUGCUCGCCGCAUCUUCUAACAUCGGAGAUUACUUGCCAGUGUUUAGUUGGUUGUGGUUGAACAGGUUGGAGAAGAAGUUGAUUAAGUUGCAGGAAAAAAGAGAAGCCUUCUUUCAGGGGUUGAUUGAGCAACUUAGGAAAUCUAAAGGGACUGAAGAUGCAAAUAAGAAAAAGACCAUGAUUGAACUGCUGUUAACGUUGCAAGAAACGGAACCAGAGUACUACACUGAUACAAUGAUUCGAAACUUUGUGCUGGCUUUAUUAGCCGCAGGAAGUGACACAUCGGCUGGAACCAUGGAAUGGGUUAUGGCAGUUUUGCUAAACCACCCACAAGUUUUAAAAAAAGCACAAAACGAAAUCGAUAAUGUUAUCGGGAAUAAUCGUCUAGUUGACGAGUCAGACAUACCGAACUUACCUUACCUACGCUGUAUCAUAAACGAGACAUUACGAUUAUAUCCUGCGGGCCCGUUACUAGUUCCACACGAGGCGUCAAGUGAUUGUGUUGUUGGUGGCUACAACAUCCCACGUGGGACGAUGCUGAUUGUAAACCUAUGGGCCAUACAUCAUGACCCGAUGGUGUGGGACGACCCGGAAAUGUUUAAGCCAGAAAGGUUUGAAGGGUUAGAAGGGACACGAGACGGGUUUAAGUUAUUUCCAUUUGGGUCCGGAAGGAGGAGUUGUCCAGGGGAAGCGUUGGCGAUUCGAAUGCUAGGGAUGGCUUUAGGUUCGAUUAUUCAAUGCUUUGAUUGGGAACGAACGAGUGAAGAGUUGGUUGAUAUGACCGAAGGUCCUGGGGUCACCAUGCCUAAGGCAAUUCCAUUGGUAGCCAAGUUUAAACCGCGACAAGAGAUGACGAAUCUACUGUCCGAGUUAUGAGUUGAUUACAGUUUGAUUAUUGUUCUUAGUAUUAAAUAAAGUUGAAAUACUUGCAUAGCAAAUCCAUUUGCAACACACAAUGUGGUUUAAUUAUUGUUCUUAGUCCUUGAUUUGUUUGUUGAGGUGAAACCAAUGUUUGCAAGACUGGAUUGGAUACGGAUAACUGCUUUAACCGAUUAUAUUGGUAAUGUUGUUUGAUA